GCCGUCUUUUUUCAGGUUAUGCACGACUUAUGGGCUCUUUUUUUGCAACAUUUUCUACGAGAAAAAUGGCAGUACAAAUAGAGUUCGAGUCAUAUUUUCGCGAAGAAACGCAUUAAUUUCGGCAGACGGAUGAACAAAUUAUGGAAAAAUUGUCUCGUUUUGGACUAAGUUACAACUCUGACAAUGAAUACAAUGGAUGACCUAAAUUUCCACAAGCGGAGGUCAUAUGCUUUAGCUCAAGAGACUCCAGUCCUUAAAGACAUACCACCACCUCAAGUGCCUCUAAGAGGGGGAUUGCACAUAACACAAACUGGAAGACCGUCAUGGCCAACACAAAGUCAACCGGCGUCGCCUGCCAAUCAACAGCACGUCUCAGACGUAGGCAGGAGUGAUUUGUAUUCACCGCAACGUAGGAUUGGGCCACCUUCCCAGCCUGCACCGCAGUCUAGAUUAGGUACAUUUCCAAAUCAGCUUCAACGUUUGAUUUCACCAACUCCAUCCUACAUCCAGUAUCCUCAAAGUGAUCAAAUAACUCGAAUAGAUGAAUAUCAGGCUGCUAUACCUGAUUGCAAUCGGCCAUCUCCAUCUACAGGCCAAGCUUCAGUUUCGACAUUUGCUAGACGAAAUCUUACACUGUCAUCGAACGUUCCGCAAAAGCAGUCCGUAGCACCACAAAAUGAACAUCAAGAGGAAGGUACGCGCGCUGCGUUUGGGGCGAAACGAGUCCAACCUCGGGGCACGUCUCCGUCGCGCAUACCAAUUAAAGGAUCAACGGCUGCAAAUAUUGCGAAACCUAGCCGGCCGAGAGGGUCGGACAACAGCAACGCACUCGCGCAAGGCACACAACGGUCAGCUCAUCAACAAGCUGAUGGGCCAAGAGUUGAGUCAAAAAACUCAGAACAGCACGAAAAUUUCUCCGUUUUAAAGAGGUCAACCACUCGAGGAGUGUCACCUUCACGGAUUCCUCGAUCAUCAUUCCGAAAAGAAAUUCCCAAAGGCAGACAGGAAGGCUCUCCACUGCCAGCAGUUUCUGUUGGUUCGCCAAAUGAAUCAUCAGUAGCGAAGAAACUGCCUGGUAAUAACUCACCUGAAGAAAGGGAAAAUAAGAAGCGCCCUCUUCCAAGAGGAACUUCUCCUUCGCGGAUUCCGACUUCUAUCCGUAGAAAAAAACAGCAACCAACAGAAUCACUUGCUUCUGAAAACAUAAGUAUGACGGUAUGUGAAGCGAAACUAGUCCGUACACAAUCUGAAUCUCCGCAUUCUUCGCCAGAAAGAAUGGAUCAUAGAUCCCGCCGAUCGGAUUUCUUGAAAGAUGACAUGUGCAAAGUCAAACAAAUAGUUUCAAACCCAGAUGAACAAAUUUACGACAAGCAAAGAGAAUCAAGAAAAUCAGCAAGGGGAGUGAGUCCGAGCCGGAUCCCUAUUAAGAGGCAGAAAGAAGAUUCAAGCAAACAAUGUCGAUCUUUGUCUCCUUCGAAAACAUAUACCCAGCCCCUUUCAAAAUCUUUGCAACAUGUUCUGAGCGGGCAGAAUUAUCAAUAUGAUUUUCGAGAAACAGAUAUAGACUCAAUGGCAUCCAACUACGAGAAUGAUCUAGAAACGCCGUUAAAAGGUUUUCCAGUGCCGAUUCCAAGAUCACUAUCCAUAGCUUCCAGUGGCUCUGAAUCUUCCCUUGGGAUACUAGAUUUGCCUCGGCAGGAUUCAAAGACAUCUCUAAUUUCUUUCAAAUAUAACUCGGAUGGUGAAAAACCCAUUUUAAAAUUUACCGAAUCUAAUAAAAGUCCCCCACGAGCGUCAACCCCUGUUCGCCAGCGGUCACCCAGUCUUCCAUACCCACGUCAAGGUUUGUCAGUGUACAAGCCGCCUCCAACUAAAUGCAGAGAAAGCCAAAAACCUCGUCCGUACGUAUCAAAGCCGACAUCAAACAUCUUGCACUGUCAAUUCAGUGCUGAAAAUGCCAAUUCGAGAGAUGGCAUAAACCAAACCACUUUUUCAAAGAGUUUGGAAAAUCUGAACAGGUUGAAUAAGUCGUCUCAAACUACCAAUUUGCAAAUGACUCCCAGAGCUCCGUCAUCGAUAUCUCUUUCUGGUCUGAAACAUGUGAGAUAUCUUUUAGAUUUCGAAGUACCUACUGCUGAAGCGGUUAAUGAUUACCCUCCACCAUACACCCCACCAUCCCCACCAUAUACGUCUUCAGCUGCUUCUAUGGAGAACAUCCCAAUUGCCGCACCAAGAAAAUCAAAGCUUUCUCUAUCUUCCAUAGGAACUUCAAUAAGUGAUGUUGAUUCGAGUUCAUCCAAACAACAAUAUGAUGCAGAACAAAAUGCAUACAACAAUCAAGUUCAAGGGUGGAACCAGCGAAGUCCUGCGGGGUAUCAGAAUGCAGGGCGUUCAAAGUCUAGCGGAAACUUGAUCGUCCGCACGAAUGUUUCGACAACGAAACCCACUGAGUUAAACAUGAGAAGCAAUGGCAGGUCUAUCAGUUCAUUGGACAACAUCGUACAUUUUGCCAACGGCGUCUCGUACGGGAAAGAAAAUUCAAAUAAAUUUGUUCAUAAUACUGUCCAACCAACUAGUAUGGAGAAAAGAGAAUCUCCAAAAAGUCAUGAGUCGCUAGGAUCGAUUAAUUCUCCUCCAUUGUCAAUUUACAAAAGAGAAAACAACGGCUGUUCUGACACGAAGGAUGGGAAUCAAUUUGUCAGUCAAUUAAACACUAGAAGGCAACCAGAUGAAGAAAUCGUGCGGGCGCUGGUACUGGGAGAUAAUAGGCUAAAGAGUGAAAAGAAUUUCAAUUAUCGGAAGUAUGAAACAGGGCAGGGCGUUGUCCAGCCGAAGACCGAGUUGCAUUCUGCAUACCCUCAGUUUUCACACUCCUACGGUGGUGAGAAUAACAAUGUUCCGUCAAAACUGAACGGAAUCAAAGUUGAUGGAUCCGUGAAUCAAAAUUCUCGAAAUAAUUUUCAAAUUAGUGCGAAUGACAUAUUGAAGAAUAAGAAAGUUGAAAAUACUGACUCGAGAAAUCCGACUGAAUCUACAUACUCUGAAAUAAAUCGCCAACUUAAGAAUGAGUGGCUGAACCAUGGAAAUGAUCAGAAAGCGACUGGCAUCGAUCAAGUGAAUUUAUCAUCUCAAGCAGCUGGAAAUCGUCGUCCUUUGUAUGGGUCACAAAACCAUGAACCAUUUCUCACUCAUUUACCGUCGAAGGGCACAAGCAGUGGAUUACUGGAUAAUCAAGGCUCUAAAAAUCCGAUUUCUGGCUCGAGCUUCCCAACUUCUGUUAAUCAAAAACAUGAAAACCAGUUUCAAGAAGGAUAUUCAACCCAACCACCAGUACCAAGCAUGCAGCAGCCUGCAGAAAAUCAAAAAGAUAAACGCGCAAGCCAGCAGAAUGCUAACCUGAAUCACGGCCACCCUUCAGGUUUCUCGUUAUCGGAUGCAGAUCAAGUGGCAAUCAUCGACCUUCAGUGUUCAUCCAACUCAUCUACCGGCAUUGACUAUCGUUUGAGCGGUCAGUUAGCAUUCGUUAGAAGCAAAAGCACUGAAGAACAGAGCGACAACGCUGAGACUCACGAUAAGACUGUUUCACUGCUUUCGGAAGGAUAUAAUCAGAGUGUACCUUAUCACUCAGCCUCACUCAAAGCUAACAACGUGACAGAAGUGGAACAAAAUGAGGAGUUGGCGAUGCGUAAGCUCAGUGCUGGCGCUGAGGCCACCGCAGGACGGGUUGGGAGUGAAGAAGCGCCUGGUAAAUCUCAGCCACUAUCUGCGAGUUUUGGGAAUACCGUAACUAGACAAGGUGGUGAUAACCAAAAAUCGAGAGAGGAACCCAAAUAUCCACCGAUUUAUAUUGCAAAAACUUCUAGUUUGGUGAAUUCUGCUUACGAGAGUGAUUCUAAUGACAAAGAAGGCGAUGUACGCGAUACAAAUACUGAUGAUAUUUUCCUCCUUACGCGACUCAAGAAUCUUGAAAGCGAUCAGUGUCAGAAAUUAGGGAUAGAAAAUAUUGUGUUCGAUUACGUUUCAGAAGAAAAACUGAAUGAGUGUUCAAAGAGAAGUUCAAGUUCAUCAAAAGGCGAAGCCCUCCACUUGGAAAGCAAACUCGUAUCUGACUACUCUUCCGUUGAAAAUAUCGAAUCUUUGCAUCACAUUGAGAAGAAAAUAUCAUCAGCUUUUGAACAUGUAACUCCUUCCAAAUCAUCUGGCAACACACGGUUGAACACUCGCAAGAAACUAAAAAAGGCUGGCAAAGAGGAUUAUUGUACUAGUUCUGAUUCAGAAGGUGGUUUCGCACAAGCUCCCAAUUUUUCAUUAGAGAAUCACCAGAAAAUAAAUGCAACAAAUAAAAACUUUCCGGUAACAGCAACCGAGAUGGAUAAAAACGCUGUCUCGCCUCCAAGAGGUGUUGACAACUUGGGAUGCACUGACAUUGUCCAAUCGCCUGGUGAAAGCUUCCAAGAAUAUCGGCGCAGCUUAGUGACAGACGGACGCCGCCAAUCAACUCCAAAAGAAGUUUGCGUGAUUCCUCAUAAUGUUGGUGUUAUAAACACUGAUUUUCAAAAUGAUAAUCAAGUUACAAACCAAAAUUUCCCAAACGAUAUUCUCAGUGAGAGUCAUAGUAACCUCGACCAGAGCGAAAGCAGCGAAAGGUUAUCGCAGUUGGACCCUAAUCUGAAAAGUCCAGUGACAAGCAAUAUUGCAGUUUCUGCACAUGAUGUUUCUGCGUCCCAAGAUCUCUCUCUGAUGAGGUUAAACUUUUUACAGAGUGAAGAUAAAACUAAUGCACGAGCACAGCAAACUCCCACUAAAGUUAAAGGAAGAAACACAAGACAGUUAUCCCAAAAUCAGCAGCUGUUAAGCGCUCGAAAAAUUGAAGAUACCAGAAGUUCAAAAAAGAACAAAAAUAAAAAAGUUCAACAGCAGACAGUAGAUCCCAAAAGUACAGUAAAUGAACUCGAAAACGGACCCAGUGAAAAGUCCAGAUGGAACAAUCCCAUUCGACCCUUUGGAUGGAGAACAAAGAAAACAGAAGAUGGUCCUAUUGAAUUAGAAAAUCAAACUCCCAAACAGGAGACGGUCGACGUCCGAAAAGACAAAGGUUAUCGAAGCUUUAGGAAAAAUAAAAGCACCGGAGACACUUCAAAACAGACGGAAAAUGACGGGACCAAAAGCCUCGAAAAUGGACUGGAAAACGGGAAAGCUGGCGAACCGAGAAGAAAGAGUCCCAUCCGUUCUUUUGGAUGGAAAACAAAGAAAUCUGAAAUUGAUCCAAACACGGACUUGGAAAAUGCAACGCCAGAAGAACCGUCCAGACGGUCUUCGAAAGUUUCAAGAUUAUCCAGGACUUCUGGCGUUCCAGUUUAUACGAAGACUUACUGGACUCGCUUCUAUAUUUUGUCGGUCUUUUCACUCGUCGCCAUGGUGCAGUGCGCAGUGUGGGGCACGUGGAGCCCAAUCUACGAGAGCGCCAAAUUUGCGUUCCCAUCCUGGACGUCGGGUACCAUCUCCCUGUUCAACAGCUGGGGCCCGAUAUGUGUCAUCCUGUUCAUCAUUCCCAUGGCGUGGUUCAACCAGAAAUUUGGCCUGCGCGUUGGAGUUAUUACCGCGACAUCGUUGAUACUGGCGGGUACGCUCCUACGCUGCAUCCCAGUCAAUGAGAUUGGCUUCACAGUGUUGGCAAACAUGUGCGCGAUAUCGGCGGGAAUCAGCGGCUGUCUGACGCUCUCAUUGCCUGCGAUGGUGGCGGCUACGUGGUUCCCUGCCAACGAACGCACGACUGCCACUGCCGUUGCCGCGCUGUUUAGCCAGCUGGGGUCAGCCGUAAUCUAUCUUGAGCCACUGCUGGUGAGAGCCCCUGACAGGGCUGGCGAUGAUCCAAAUAAAUGCUCUUCGUACAGUCGAAAUUCAGUCAGAUCUGAGAGAAGUGAAAGAGAUCUUUUACUUCCAAAUGCUGUCAGUGAAGUUGAGUCGCGAUACUGGGCAAACUCUUUCAAUAAUUCCGGUAAAAUUGAGUCGCGGCACAAGAGAUUUUCACCACAAGCUAUCAAAAGCGGGGCGUCGCCAAAUGCGGCAAAUCCUGUACACGUGGUUAGCAAGGGUGACUUGCUCAGUAAAUCAAAUCCUCGAACAAAAACCAGUGAAUUAAAGAAGCAAAAAGUGGUGGAUGGACCUCUUGGACCAGUUCGCAGAAGGCUGUCUCGAAGUGCUCAGUACAACGACGAAGAUUUGGACAAGUACAACAAACCAUCGUCAGUCACAACACCAGCAGUUGCUACGUCUGGCAUUUACGGGCGACCAUCGACUCAGCUGGACGAUCGUCAGCUCUCGGACGACGGAAGUUAUUCAUCAAAUAGAUUUGGAUUUGCUGACUCACAAUCGUCGGACAGAAACGACAUUCAAGGCUCAGAUACUCCUGGGACCCCGUCAAGAGGGAAUAACUUUAAUGCUUUCGUCUCAUCUUCAAGUGGAGAUAAUGUGUAUGGCCCCGACGGUCGUUUCCAAGACAGUCGUCCAAGCCUUGACGAUCCCAAUGAACAAAUGGAGCCUAACGGCAAAAAUCCGUCCAACAGUAUUAAUCGAUACCAAGGUAAUCGUUAUCUCGACGAUCAUUAUCAAUCACAUUCCAAUAUGGCCUCAAGAGGCCAAUAUUCGCCGAACUCUGGUGACCAGUACCAAGGUAGUGACAAUUACGCAGAUCCAAAUCAAGCGAAACCUAGAAGUCAGUCGGAUGACCGUCGUAAUCAAGACGGUCCGUACAAUAAUGGUCUUUACAAAGAUCAUCCUAAUCGAGAUAAACGUUUUCAGUACGAUCCGUACGGAAGCAAUCGAAUGAAUCCAUCGAACGACCAAAGUUGGAGUGAUCCUAACUAUCGCGACCAAGGAAAUCCAAGUCAGGAAUAUGGUUAUCAAGCCGAUUCCCCGGCUUCUCUUGACUCUCAAAAUUCACGAACACCUGGCGGUGUAUAUAAGUUUAACCCCUACGAAAACAAUCAAGAAAAUUUAUCUGCUGCUUCGAAUCCAGGAUUCGGUCAAACCUACAACGCCAAUCAACAACCAAAAGAUGGUUUUAAUGAUCAAAGCUCCUAUCCGGUGGAACCAAGGUACCAAAACAUAGGAAUGAAUUUAACUAGCAUCCUGCCUCCGAAUGGCUAUCCAGAGUCAAGUUUCCCGGCAGAGAGUAACCACAGCGAUGACGCCACCGAAGUUUUCGACAAUACAGGACUUCGGUUCAGGAGCGGACCUUAUACCGCACAGGACGGGGAAGAACGGGAGACCACAUACGAUUCUCACGUCACCCCUAAUGAUGUUUAUGGGGACAUCAUGAAUCUCAUGUAUAUAUAUGCCGGGAUUGCCGGCCUCCUGUUCCUGUUGGCCGUGGCGUACUUCCCAAGGCAGCCGCCUCAUCCGCCCUCGCCCUCGUCAGCUGAGGAAAGGCUCGACUACUUCGCGGGCAUGAAGACGAUCAUUAAAGACCCGCAGCUGAUGCUGCUGGUCCUGACGUAUGCCUUCUCCGUUGGUGUACCUCUUGUCUGGGUCGCCGUCAUGAACUUCUCUCUCUGCUGCAUCGGAAUUGGUCAGGAAGAAGCGAUGUUCGUGGCGAUGGCGGCGGUGCUGCUGUCGUGUGCGACCGCCUUCAUCGCGGCCCGCAUCACUGACCUGAUCUUCGGCUACCUAAAGCUCACCAUCAUCGUGCUGCUCGCGCUGGCGUCAGUCUGUUUCCUGUGGUUCCUGCUCAUCUCUGUUGGUGUUAUUCCUUCAUCGCUCGUGCAAGUGUACCUCUCGGUGGCGGGAGGCGUGGCCCUGCAGUACGCCACGGUGCCGCUGCUGACGGAGUUCGCCGUGGAGCUCGCGUACCCCUGCCCUGAGAGCGUCGUCGGCGUCAUGAUCAUCGGCAGCUUCAACGUCGUCAGCGCCAUCUUCCUGCUGCUCUUCCUCAUCCCCUCGCAGUGCUACGUGUGGGUGAACGGGGUGCUGGUGGCGUGCACAUCCCUUACGAUCAUCCCUCUGAUCUUCGUCAAGGAGACGUACAAGCGCCGCGCCCUGGACCAGGCUGACGGUACCGACAGCCUUGCAGGCAACUUGACCGCUCACGAGGAAAUUCCGAAUUCAGCGCCCCCUUUGGAGGUUAAAGGACAGGACGAAGAGCCUACGCCUUCACCGCCGCCUCCUGAAGAGGGGGCCCAAGAAGAAGUCAGUGCCAGCCUUGCGGACGUGCCAAAUGAUCGAAAACAUACCGAACUGUAAAGUACCUGAGCGAAUUAUCGAACGUCUUAACACCCUUUCUGAUAAGGUUAUAGAUAGUAUUUUAUUUAAGUAUACAUGAUCCAGCUGAAAUUAAAGUUAAUUCCAUUCCCUCUUUCCUGUGUUGUACCACCUUAUUAUAAUUUUCCAGGGGCAAUGGCCAGAUUUAUCUUUAACGAAGAACUUAAAUUAAUAUCUGAUAUUCCAGUUUUUUUUUAUCGCUCGUUACCGGGCAACGAUGUCCGCAAAGCGGACACAUCUUGGCUGAUAUCAUGCAAAGUCGCUUUUGAACUGCGCGUACCGCAUGAAACUUGCAAAUAGAGUGGCUUAACUUAAGUGUUUCUUAUGAAUAAUUUGUUGUUGUUAUCUCAAUAGUUUUAAUAGGAGUUGCUUAACCGAUGUCCGCAAUGCUUGUAAUUUUUGUGAUUUAAUUCAAUCUUUACUUCUAUCAUUAGUCUGCAUAAAUCGUAUGUUCAUCAAGAAAAUUAAUUGCAAAGAAAAAAUAUAUACGUAUAUAUAUUAUAAUUUUUUGAACUAAUGAUGGGGCUGGUGUCCCGAACGUUUUCAUUGAAGAUAUGUUGAAUUUAAUUGUCGUUUUCUUUGCUUUUAAAUUUUAGCUAAUUUAAUUAUUGAUGUUACGAGUAUAUUGAUAAUUAAGGUGAACGUUAAAUAUUGUUAGUUUUCAUAACAUCGAAAGUGAUAUACUGAAGGCGUUAAGUCAAUUGACUCCGACAAAAAGGUUAGAGUGCUGCGACAGUUAUCCAAAUAAUUUUAAAAGUUGAUGCUUAUAUUACUGACCUAACUUCAAAACUUUUAUUGUUUUAUAGUUUUAAGUUCCCUCUAGUGUUCAGAUUAGUGACCUCAUUUUUUUUUAAUUAACGGGUUCCAUUACCUUGGCUUGUUGGUUGUUAAUGUUACCUUUUUUUAUAUAUUUAGUUAUGAUUAAUAUUGUGUUCGAAUAAUUUUCAUCGCAACAACAACAACAACAGAUAUUUUCAAUUUUUCUGGCUUACGUGAUUGUUGAAUCUCGCAACUUUAACCAUGCAAAUCUCCCUUUUCACAUGUAAUACAAUUAUAUGACCCGUUCAUGAUACUACGUACAAACGUUCGCGAAAUUUUUAUAUAGUGUCAAGCCAUAAUAGUAAUAGUUUGUAGAGAAUCCAAUAUGCCAGUGAAGUGUUAAGUAGUCUAUUUGGUAGAAAGACCAGCAGAUUAGUGAAUAAAAUUUGAAAAUUAUCAUAAUGUAUCUCUA